AUGGCUGAGCAAAGCUCUAUUGAGCUGGUGAACAUCCAGCAGUCCUCUACAACAAGCGAAGACAGUCGCUUGAUACCAGAAAACAUUCAAAGCACUCAGGACAGUGAUGGGAAACUGCAGUUUUCUCCAUCAGAACUCAUAGGGCCUGCAGUGCCCCCUCCUUGGGGUGCCUCCGAAGGCAAUUCGCAGACCAGUCGCAACGCCGACACAUCAACACAUCCGCCGUCUUCUCAUCCGCGCCUCGAAAAGCGUCUGCGAUACAAACCAACCGGCCUCUUUUGGCACCGAGACAGCUUGAGACGCGAAUGGAAGGGCUAUAGAGACGAUCGGUUCAUAAGUGCCAAGGAUGGGCGUCUUUUACCGCUGUUCGUGCAGUCGACAAAUGAGGUUCUUCGGGGAACAUCUCAGGUUACCUGGAAGCGAAUAACUAUUAUCGAUGAUAUCCCGCUCAUACUACAAGUAAUGUUCUGGACUUUGAGAUCUCACCUGGAAGCAAACGCGGCGUCAAACAUCCCAUCCAGUGGUGGCGGUACAUCCAGUACUCCCUUGGUUCGAAAAAAGGAUAUAAAGACACAUUUGGAGAUUUGGUUCAAAUAUCCAGUCGGCGCGGUCACGAUUCUUGUCCUGUUAUUUUUCCCUGUGGAUCUUGCGGGGGAACCAAUGAAUAAUGGUCAAUAUGAGCCAUUCAAAUAUCAUUACUGGGGUUACGCGCCCAUCUCAAGCAAUCAGUAUGAAUGUCCGACAUUGCCAAAAAGUCUGUCAGCCUCCGUACAGCACGAUCCUGCCUCCGAGCGUCUUCUUAGACCGAGGACUCUGUGUUUCCUGCGCGAAACACAUGGUAUCGAUAUCCUAGAGGUCAAUGACUGGGAGAAAGAAUAUGGAGACGCCGAGAUACUGCAGUAUAUUUUGGUUGCAUACACCGCCACCCAAUUUGCGCAAAAUAACAUCGACGAUAUGGAAGCUCUGCAUGUCAUUGGGGAGAAGGCGGCUCGCCGUGCAGGGGUUCACGCUUAUUGGGUUGCCAGCAGCUGCAUGCGUGAUGAUAAGUACAUGGAAGAAGAUGUGUAUCGCAUUAGCGAUGUGGUGCGUGGUGCACAUUCACUCGUUAUUGCUCUUGGGCCACCCGUUGAAGGUCGUGGAUCUCGGGUUUUCACAGCGCGGGAGCUUCUCAGAGAUUGGGGUCAACGAAUGUGGACGUUCCCCGAGGUUCUUCUGUCACCAAACACACAUCCAAUCUCCAUUUAUACACACGGUGCAUCCACAGAGGUCCCCUGGCAAGUCCGCAAACGCAACUUUCCCUCAGAAGCAUGGGUUGACGCGCCCAACUCACGCCACCUAGUCGAUCAUUAUGAAGGCUCCAUCAUAUUGAGUCCCCUUGAGCUCGUGACGAUUGCGUUGCAGUGCUUAUCGGCCAGACUCUUGCAAGAGAAAACAAAAGCAGACAUUGCCUAUAUCUUGAUGGGGCUUCUGAGGCGCAGGCCCCGAGUCAGCUCUGAUAACAGUGCAUUCCAGGUGUUUGCCCGCUUGUCAAUGAGCAAUGACAGCGAUAUGCUGCUUGAGAGACUUAUCUGUCUACUCCCAAAAUCACCCGCAGAAAAAUGGUAUGUCAUCAACGACGUAUGGGAUCGCAAUCUCUGGGACGUUGAUCCACUCUGUCAAGUCGUCGGUGUUUGCGCAGAUGACUCAGUUGUUCUCAGCGGUGCAUUUGGAGCCUCCAUUCGAUGGAACUCAUUCAGAUCGGUGAGCCUGACUCAUAGAAACACAGUCGGACGCUCUAUAUCAAGACUCGCUCUGCGCAUGACGCCUUUAUGGCUCAUCCUUUCAAUAAUCUUGUUGGCACUCUAUAGAGCUCAUUGGGCCGCCUACAAAAGCAUAAGACAGGACGAUGUCUAUGAAGAUGAGCUCUCCAGUUACAAAGCGCAAUAUCAAGUUUACCAAAUAGCUGGCUCAGUUCUCAUGGGCAUCACUCUUCUCCUUGUCGCCCUUUGUCCCAUGAUGGUCUACUCUCUUUAUGCAGGAAAACCCUGGUCUGCGCAACCCUGGCUCUUCGGAUUUGAGGGCUACCUACCCAUUCAAGAAAUUGAAACCCUUGUUUUUGGAGUCAAUAUGAAUCAUUUGACGUGGACUCCCUACAACAGUCAGCUAUCACGCCACUGUAUGAUCAACACAGAGUGCAUUGGAAAGGACCCCACGGAGGAUCCUAAAGUCAAGGAUAUAGUGGAGCAUAGCGCUGAUGCUUUAUCUAAUGAGCCAAAGGUGUUCACGCUAGUCGACACAUUCACGAUGACGGUAACCUUAUUUCAAGCUGUGAGGCCACCGGUAGCUCUCCUGCUCUGUGGAAGUGAGGGCGGUAUGUACCGCAGUCUACUCUGCUCGUAUGACUGGCCAACACAAACCCUCAUUCGGGAGAGCGUACUACGAGUUGACACUCGGACUCUUGACAAAAUGUCCCGGGUUGGAAGAAUCCGUAUCGGGCUGGAGAGGAGUCCCCUUGAGACCUCACCGAUUUAG